AGUCAUGUGACCGGCAAUGGCGGCGCUGACGAGAGUCCUAGUCAGCUGAGUGUGGAGACAGAGGGGCUUCUACUUGCUGUCAUCUUCCUUGGCUUUCCAGGUCACACAACCUACAAGUAGAGAGCAGAAGACAGUGAGCCUGCAUGCCGAUUCUAAGCUCCUCAGGAUCAAAUGUCGUUCGUCCUGUCCAGAAUGGCAGCCUGCGGAGGCACCUGCAAGAACAAAGUGACUGUCUCCAAGCCUGUGUGGGACUUCCUGAGCAAGGAGACCCCGGCCCGGCUGGCCCGGCUGCGGGAGGAGCACCGUGUGUCCAUCCUUAUAGACGGCGAGACUUCAGACAUCUAUGUCCUCCAGCUUUCCCUACAGGGCCCGCCCCCAGCCCCUCCCAACAGCCUCUACCUAGCCCGGAAAGCUCUCAAAGGGCUGCUGAAGGAGGCGGAGAAAGAGCUGAAGAAAGCUCAGAGGCAGGGGGAGCUGAUGGGCUGCCUGGCCCUGGGGGGUGGAGGGGAGCACCCCGAGCUGCAUCGCCCAGGCCCACCCCCUCUCCGUGCUGCACCACUCUUGCCCCCAGGAGCCCGGGGGCUACCCCCUCCGCCUCCCCCGUUGCCCCCUCCUCUCCCUCCCCGCCUUCGGGAGGAGGCCGAAGAGCAAGAGAGCACCUGCCCCAUCUGUCUGGGGGAAAUCCAGAAUGCCAAGACACUGGAGAAGUGCCGGCACUCAUUCUGCGAGGGCUGCAUCACUCGCGCCCUGCAGGUGAAGAAGGCCUGUCCCAUGUGUGGCCGCUUCUAUGGGCAGCUUGUGGGCAACCAGCCCCAGAACGGGCGGAUGCUGGUCUCCAAGGAUGCCACCCUCCUGCUGCCCAGCUAUGAGAAGUACGGCACCAUUGUCAUCCAGUACGUCUUCCCGCCCGGUGUCCAGGGGGCUGAACACCCCAACCCAGGAGUUCGAUAUCCUGGCACCACACGGGUGGCCUACCUCCCAGACUGCCCCGAGGGCAACAAGGUGCUGACCCUGUUCCGGAAGGCGUUUGACCAGCGUCUUACCUUCACCAUUGGCACGUCCAUGACUACAGGGAGACCGAAUGUCAUCACCUGGAACGACAUCCACCACAAGACCAGCUGCACAGGGGGACCCCAGCUGUGCGGCACCACUUUAUGUCCUCUUCCUUGAUUCCUCCCUCUCCACCUCCCCCCUGAGAGUCCCCCUCACCAGACAGGACCAGCCCUAAAGCAUCCCACCAUCUCUUCCAUCUGUUUCUCUUCCUUUCAACCUGGUCCCCAUGAACCCAACUUAAGCUGUACAAAAUGGAACAAAACAAAAAGAGCCAACUUGGGCUGUUACCUUGGAUUUGGGAGUGCUUCCUUGGGGGUGCCUCUCUUGGGACACCUGGAAUGAAGGGUGCACAUAAAGGGACAGAGGAGCAAGUCCAAGCAGCUAACCCUAGUCUUCAUUUCUCUUUGUCCCCAGGUUUGGCUACCCGGACCCCACCUACCUGACUCGUGUGCAAGAGGAAUUGAGAGCCAAGGGUAUCACAGAUGACUGAAGGACACCUUUCCCCCAACUUUGCCAAGGCCCCUGCCGUCCUCUGCUAGGACCCACUGGAAGCUUCUGUUCUCCUCCUGUCCCCCCUCCAAGCCCUCCUCCACCACACACACAAGUAGGGGGCCUGUCUGACUGGGGAGGGAACUCAGAAGGAGAGGGUCUGUCCCUUGCCUUGUCCCCUACUGGUCAAGCGCUUCAGUGCCCCGUGAGCUGCUCCCUGCUGGCAGUGGCUGGUCCCCCUGUACAUACUCCCCAAUAUCCCCACACUGUCCCCUGCCCCCCAGUGCCCUGGGCUGCUUCGGAUAUGUGCUGUGUUCCAGUGACUAAACUGAGAAAGGACUUGGGUAGGGUGGGGAGGGGAGGGUCUCCGGAAUUCAGCCUCCCACCUCUGGAGGCAGAGGGAGCGAGCCCCUCCGCUCCAUGGAGCCAGCUGUGUGUGUGCGUGUGUUCAUCAGAUACAGUUCUCCCACCUUUCUCUCUUGUGUCUGUCUGUCAGUCUCUUUCCCUCGCUCUUUUCUGACACCUUCCCACCCCCCAUAAGGAGCCUCGUUAAACCCUGUUCUGGAAUCGCCACCAGACUGUAGCUUUUAAUUUAAU